AUGACCAUCCAGGCGAGGCUGUUCAUUAGGCUCAUUGUUUGUAUCCUCUUUUCUACCGUCACCUCAGGCCAAAUAAAUCCCGUAAACAGUCGAUCGGGGCCCUGUUUGAUUCGCCCCCCGGCAUGUAUUUUAAAUUGUGCUCAAGGUUUUUCCUGGGGCUUUGGCAGUAGUUGUAUUUGUCUUUGUUAUGUAAAUCCUUGUACUGUAAGUUGAUCCUCUGUCAAAUGAAAUUGAAUCUAGAAUUACCCCUGCGCUCCCGGCCAAUUUUGUAUUUCGAAUAACGGCGUGCCUCAGUGCAUAACUGGUUGUAAGUGUAAUUAACUAAUAUCUACAUAUAACACCACUGAUCCACUUUAUAUGCAAAUUGUUUAGCGGUGUCGGGUAUCGAAGUGCCGCGAUCUCCCUCCCUACUCUCGCAUCGUCAGACAGACCUUAUUGGGGAGUGUCCCCGAUUAAACGGGGGUUCCUGUUCCCAGGAUUGUCAUUCAGAUCAUGAUUGUCCCAUUGACUUCAAGUGUUGUCACAAUGGAUGUGGAAUGGAGUGUGUGCAACCAGUGGAAGUGGCACCGGUCAAGUCGGCGCUUCCCAUUUUACCCAUCUCGGGGAUCUCAAGUAGGGAUAUCCUUUAUCCAUAUUUAUACACCCUUGUCUCCAACUCCAUUUUAGGGCCCAAUAAAGGCGGCAAGGGCUUAAGAUGGUGCCUGAAUCUUCUUAGGGCUGUAAGCAAAUUGCCACAAAAAGUUUUGGAAAAUGGUUACAUCCCUGAAUGUGAUAGCAAUGGAGAUUUCAAGAGUAUCCAAUGUGACUUGGUAUGCAAAAUGAUGACAUAUUUUAAAGAAAUCUUAGAGAUUCUGCUGGUGUGUGGACCCGGACAAAGGAACUGAGUUGUUGGGAACGAAAACAAACAAAAACAAGCGGAACGAAAUGAACUGCCACAGUAAGAAGACUGGUUGUUAAUUAUGUACUUUGCAGUAAAUACUCCCUGCGAUCAACUCUGUGAGGAUAAACAAUGUAUUUACGGAUUAAGGACGGACUCUCACGGAUGUCCACUGGCGGGAUGUGAAUGCAAAAGCCCCUGUGAUGGAGUUAAGUAAGCCGAUUUACAAUAAAUGCACAUUUUACAAAUCGUAUCUUUGUAAUGACUUUUUGAGAAAUGAUUUUAUUUUUAAAGAUGCCAAGAUAAAAUAAGCGAAUGCCAACUGAAGGAGUCCUCUUGUCCCAAUUGCCCUCCAGCACCGAUCUGUAAGUUCGUUGUACACUUCCAUUUUACUACAUAUAAUGUUUCUUUAAGGCUUAAUCAACCCCUGUCCCCAUGGUUUGAAGAAGCUGAGGAAUAGAGUGACUGCGUUGUGCAGAAACGAGAAACAAUGUGGCAUUGGAUUCUGGUGCAACCAGGUAAUAAAAUGAGUAAUUGCCGGAGGGAAUGGCCCUGAAAUAUAACCGUGAAACUCUGUAGUGGAGAGUUACACGCGGGAUUUAAUAAGAUCCACAUGACUGGUCACUUUUAGAUUGGUUUUGACGGACUCGGCUUUUGUUGUUCCGAUCCCGAGUCCGCGCGCCGCUCCGGAGAAUGCAAAAAAGUUGAAAUCGACGAGAAAUCGGUGUGCGAAUCUGAAUGUCGCGGGGAUUCUGAUUGCUCGGAUUCCGAGAAGUGUUGUUUCGAUGGUUGUGGCCUCAAAUGUACAACUGAUUACCACGGAUCAAGGCCUCAGAAAGGAAAUACAAAUAAAAAUGAUAAUAAGAGUAAGAAAGCACAAAGACCCAAGAAAUAAUUAACAAAACUCUUACAGAGCUCAUCUCUCACAUGUCUCAAUGUCCCGUAGAAUCCCCGCAAUCUUCAUCUACAAUAUGUAGUGCUGAAUGUGAGACUGACCAUGAUUGUGCCGGCCUGAGGCGAUGUUGUGUAGAUGGCUGUUCCAAGAAGUGUGUGUUCCCUUACAAGACCAGUCCCUGUCUUCAUCAGGCGAUUUCUUCUCAAUUAUUUUCAUCAAUUUAUUCCCCACAAUGCUCAGAUGAUGGUUAUUUUGAGGCUGUGCAAUGUAACAAUGUUAAUUGUUAUUGUGUAAAUCGCCUAACUGGAGUCCCGAUUCCUGGGACAUUAAUGGCCAACUCCCAAAGCCCUAAUUGUGAUCAUCCAAAAUCUUGUCAUAUCAAAGAUUGCAAUUGUAAGUAUGGGUCCGAAUUGGAUCAAGAUGGUUGCGAAACUUGUCGUUGUCUUAAUCCCUGUUCCCAUAUCCAAUGUCCAAUUGGAAAUGUCUGUGUGAUGGUGGAUGUUGAAUGUAUUACACCUUCUUCCUGUCCUCAACAACCUCGAUGUAAGUGUUGUUUUCUGCUAUCUAUGUUUAGGUAUUCCAAACAUUUGUAAUGGAAAACCAGCAACUUCUGAUGAUGGCCUUGUUCAGCAAUGUUCCAGUGAAUGUGGUGUUGGAUAUAAAUGUAAUAAUGUUGGAUUUCCUGGAUUUGGGGGACUUUGUUGUGAAGAUUCUACAAUUUCACGACAAAAAAGUGGCCAAUGCCCAAAGAUCCCAGUCAAUAUAUCUCCGAAAAUGCAUUGUCACAUUGAAUGUAGAUCUGAUGAUGAAUGUAAAUCUACUUCGAAAUGUUGCUUUAAUGGUUGCGGAAUGCAAUGCUCAGAGAUGGGUCAUCCCAUUUCCACAACUCUAUCUACAGUACGAAGUGGAGUUGUGAAGCCAUUAAAGCAUAAGAACAAGAUCGGGAAAUGCCCUCGAAUGGGAAACGACACCAGAAAUAAUUGUAGAUCUGGCCAUAAUGAAUGCACAGUGGACUCUGAUUGCAACGGAAUCCAGAAAUGUUGCUACGAUGGAUGUUUUAGGAGAUGUAAUUAUGCCCAGGUUACCACUGCGUGUUUACACUUACAAGCAGCCUACGAAAAGUUUGGAAUUGAGGAAUUUGUGAGAUGUAAUGAAGGUAAAUUUACCAAUUUAUAUCACCAAAUUUCUUAGAUGGAUCCUUUAAACCAAUCAAAUGUGAUGACUCGGGUUGUUGGUGUAUCGAUCACCAUGGCCUGGAGAUGGUUGGGACUCGAGUGGAAGUCGGGACAAAGCCGACUUGUACUCCCAGAAUAUGUCCUGUUCAGAAUUGUCUCAAGAACUGUCCUCACGGAUAUAUAAAGGACAAAAGAGGAUGCGAUUCUUGUGAAUGUUACAAUCCAUGUCAAGUAAGCUCAAGUUGAUUACAAAUAUCAUGAGUUACAGGCAAUUGCGUGUCCCAAUAAUUACAUUUGUCUUACUGAACCAGUUGAUUGUGACGGCGACACUUGUGUUGAUGUUCCCAAAUGUGUUCCCAAUAUUUGUCAUGGGCUCCCGGUGAAGAGUAGAAUGACAAGUGGCGUUGUUAGAUGCUUCAGUGACAGUGAAUGUCCUUCCAAUGGUCACUGUCGUCGUUUCGGAUUAUCUUCAGGCAUAUGUUGUCCAGGAACAGGUUUGAUGACUCAAUUUUAUGAUAAUUUAUUUUAGGAUAUCCCCAGUCCUCCGGCGAAUGUCCAAAACGAUCAGAAAUAUCUUCGAUGACAUCCAAUUGUCAUCAACAUUGCAAAGAUGAUAAAGAUUGCCCUGACUCCAAAUGUUGUUAUAAUGGAUGUGGGACUGAAUGUGUGGUUAUAACUACUGAAACGCCGAAGACACGAGGUAUGUUUGCACAUAACCUUAUCCAAAAUUCAGAUCGGAACAAGUCGUUAAUCGGCGAACUUCAAAGGGAAUGCCCGUUAGUAAAGGAUGUUGGGAUGAGCGUUUGUGGCCACAAAAGGGAGGAUCAAUGUGUUACAGGUACACAGAUCGUGUAAUCAAUUUACUUUUAUGUAGACUCAAAUUGCCCGUCUGGAUUGAUUUGUUGUUUCGAUGGAUGCAUGAGGUCGUGCCUGAAUCCAGUGAAAACAAGUAGAUGUUUCCAUCUCAAAGGGGCCAUCCAGGCAUUAAUUCAAUUUCAAAACAAUCAUUUGAAACUAGUAAGUCCUAAAAGUAAAAGAAAAGUUCCUCUUGAAUAAUCAAAAUUAGCUAAAUUUUUAGCCUUUGUGCGAGUUAAAUGGGGAAUUCAGUCCAGUCCAGAGUUCCGGAGAUCAGCAAUAUUGUGUCGGUGAAGAUGGUCGUGAGUUGCCUGGAACCAGAUCAAAUGUCGAGACUCCCGACUGUAAAAGACCCAGGAUUUGCCCCACAGCCAUUUGCCCGCUUUCCUGUGAUUUCGGAUAUAAAAUUGGGAGUGAUGGCUGCGAGAUCUGUGAAUGCCGGGAUCUCUGUGAGCAUGUGGAAUGUCCUCUGCAAUAUGUUUGUCGCUCUGUGAUGUCUGAUUGUGUAGACUCCAGCAAUUGUAAUCAUAUCCCCAAAUGUAUUCCGAACAUCUGCCCUCGAGGUGAUCCUUUGACAAUUGGAGGAGGCUCUAAGUUGUUGGAGUGUAAUGGAUCCGACAAAACAUGUCCUCCUGGAUGGUCAUGUCAUCAUUUUGGAUUCGAAAAAAGAAGUUAUUGUUGUGCUGGAAUAAGUAGGCGAGCUUUUUUUCACAUUUCGGUUUAGGUGCAAGUAGAGGAACUUGUCCUGACGUUUUUACUUCAUUCGCAAAUGGUCAGAGUAUUAGGCCAAGGACAGUCGAGUGUAAAAUGGAAUGUUCGAAUGGCCAGGCAUGUUGCUUCGACGGGUUUGGAGUCAGAUGCAUAGGUACUCAGCUGGAUACGGUGAGGCCAAUCCAUCCUGCAGAAAGUAAGAAAACGUUUUCAAUCAUUUUUAUUGGCAUCACUAUUUAGACGAGGCUUCCAAUAAUGUGUUGUUGUCACCGAACCAGCUUGGCUCCUGUCCUUCCAAUCGAUUCCAGAAUCCUGGGUGUCAAACGGAAUGUCUCAAAGAUUACGAUUGCCCCGAUUUCCAGUUGUGCUGUAAUUUUGGAUGUGGAAAAAGAUGCCUUUUUCCCGAAAUAACUCACAAUUGUGUUCAUCGACUGGCUGUAUUAGCCGAAGAGGUUAUAAAAUAUGCCCGUUUGGGACCGUUGGUCCCACAGAUUUCCUUUGAUGAAGAUCAGUUAAAAAAGUGUAAUUCCAAUGGAGACUACAAGGAAAUCCAGUGUGACAAGAAGAGACGGCAGUGUUGGUGUGUGGAGAAGAGAACGGGGAAUGAGAUUACGGGGACAAGAAGCCCCAUGUCAACAAUAGGAGAGCCUAAUUGUAAAGGUAAGGCAGUUCAAAUACAAUCAAACAAGAUUAGUUCCCCGACGAUGUUCUGUGAAAUGCGUUGCUGACGAAUUGGACUGCGAACAUGGCCUAAGGCUCGAUAAUUCUGGAUGUCCGUUAAAUGGGAAAUGCGAAUGUCUGAAUCCAUGUGAACAGUUCACUUGUGUCGUUCCUGGGGAGAUCUGUGUCUUGAAGAAGGUUCACUGUUUAACGGGAGAGAAGUGUGUUCAGCAACCAGUCUGUAGACCAUCAACCUGUCCUUCUCCGACACAAGUUUUAAAGGAUUCUUUAGGCUUGGUAGUUACUUGUAAGAAUGAAGAAGACUGCGGCCGAACAAAUAUUUGCCGCUCUCUGGCCACUACAAAUGACCCUCAAGGAUUCCGGAUUGGGAUUUGUUGUGGGACUGGUAAUCAUUUUUCGACAUUUUGAAAUGAGAUUACUGUAGUUACUUUAUGUUCACAUUCAGAGACCAAACCAUUUGAUGUAAUGUCCGCUCUAAAGAAAAAAGUCCCGGGAGUUUGCCCCCCUCGGGAUACUUUGUUCCAAGAUGAGAGGUGUGAAAAAGAAUGCGAUUCCAAUGAUGAUUGUCCUCGGAAUAAGAUGUGCUGUAAAUAUGGAUGCUCCGCCAUGUGUAGGGCACCUACCGCCGCUACACGUAAGUCUGAAUUUCACAGCAUACGAAAUUGAUUAUGCAGAUUGUCACACGUUGAGUAGCGCCAUCCAAAAUCUGUUAAACCGAAAAAUUAAGACGUCAUUGUCGAUUCCCUUGUGUGAUACGGAGAGCGGCCUUUUUCUCAAAACACAGUGUAAUCAGGAUGGUCACUGUUGGUGUGUGGAGAAGGAGAGUGGAAUCGAAUUGGUGGGGACUCGUCAAUAUCAGCCUUCAAUUGAUACCUGUGCUGCCAAAAGAAGAGAAUGUCCAUUUCAAUGUACUCUGGAUGAGGUCAACAACUGUCCUUUGGGUCUUGACCUCAAUUCCGAAGGAUGUCCGAAGACCUCUCAAUGUAGAUGUUACAACCCAUGUGACUCUAUCUACUGUCCAGAGGACGAAGUCUGUCUGAUGAGACAGACCAAUUGUGGUCUCUCUUUUUGUCCUCCUGUUCCUGUUUGUAAGUACUAUUAGGUUGGACGGAAAGUCCGUACGAAUUUUUACCCAACUUUCAAUUUAAUUUUUUUCGCGCCAAGACCGAGUGCCCACUGUAAAUACCUAGCAUAUACAAGAGUACAGUGUCCAGAUUUAUGUGCUACGUACCAAUCGUUAGCUCCGCCAAAACGAGCUUAAUUAUAAGAGGUUUUCCGCUUUGCGGAAUAUUUUCCUGUUACUGUAAUCAUUCCAUUUUAGGCGAGAGAAACCCGUGUUCGAAUGGAUAUCCAUUAAAAGAUAUGUCUUCUAUCGCUCAGUACAACUGUUUUGAGAACAUUACAAGACCAUGCCCGUCCAAUCACAUAUGUACUGGCUUUAGUGACAUUAAUGUCGGCGUUUGUUGUCCCUCCACUGAUCCAACAUUAUUAAAGGCCUUUGGGGACGUCUCUUGUCCGCACGGAACACCUUUUAUUGCCCAUGACAGACCAGCCAUUUGCUCGUUAAAACAGGCAAAUUCUUGUCCCAGUACUCAUUACUGCGUCUCCUCAAAUGAACAAGGCCAUGGAAUCUGUUGUCCAACAAAGAGUAAGGUGCCCAUCGAUUUACGCACGGUCUCUUAGGGUUUGUUUGUAAUCUCGAAUUGGAUAUUGGAUCUUGUAACAAUCCCACAGAGCGGUAUUACUUCGACGCUGAAAGUCAGUUAUGCCAGCGUUUUAUUUAUAGUGGAUGUGAUGGGAACUUGAAUAAUUUUGAGUCGGAGAAAGAUUGCAAAUUAUACUGCAGGGGACUCAGAAUGGACGAGGCCCUGGACGAAGAUGGAAUGCAAUAUUAUCAUGUUGGGUUCACAUUCACUGGACCAUUGAUGAGAUCUCGUCAUACGGAAGCCUUCUCUGAUAAGUUGAGAGAUUACAUUAAGGAAACUUUCGAACUCGAAGACAAUGACAUUAGAGACCUUCUAGUGCAAGAUGACAAUUCUAUUCGAUUUAAUCUUGUUUCGAGGGAUGCUCAAAAGAAGGCAGAUCUUAUAACGAAAAAGGUACUUUCAGCCACAAAAGUAUUACAAUUACUUUUUAGAUUGAAUCUGGCCAACUUUACUUCCGAUAUGGAGAUCAGACAUACCAUGCUGAGCCUACUACUCUAUUCGCACAAUUAGUAAACUCUAACAACAAUCCCAGGCUUAGUGGGCCAUUGUAUUGGCGUAAGUAAUCCACAUAUUAUGAGUAUAAUAAAUAAAAUAGAAUACUUUAUGACUACAGAGUGGGCCACCCUGUACUUAAAAAAUUAUAUUUCAGUUCUGCUGAUCUCCUCGGCCAUUGUGUGUCUGAUUGUUCUCUUUACAGUGUUUAUGUCAUGUGUAAGUGGCACAUAAUUUAAGCACGCUGAUUGUUUAGAUGUUUGUCAGAUCCCGUUCAAAGAGUGCAAGUUCUGUUUUGAGGGGAUUGUCUCCAAGUCCCUAUGGUCAAAUCAGUGCUUUUACACCUCCUCAAAAUGGCAGUCCCAUUUCUUCAAGGCCAGCGUCGGUCUUAAGAACUAAAAAGACAGUCUCUGUUGAGGAUAUUUAUGCGUUGAGAAUGUCCGAAGCAGGACCCAGUACUUCCAGAAGAUCGACUCAGGAGCAUAUAACCAGUGGACACCAUACUCACGGAGGCCGGAGACCCAAUCGAACGACCUUAUAUUACUAG